CAAAAUAUUAAAAUAUAAACCUAGUCCACGGCACGUCCUUCAAGGAAACAAAAUAGAAGAAUUGAACGUGCUUCUUGCAACGAAGCAGAGAGUUCUACGCCAUCACCAUGUGAGAUAUGUCUCGUUUUUUGAGCUUCAGAUUCAUAUAGUCAGAUACUCAUCACCUUCUUCUCUCUUCCUCUCUGUAUCCAGAUGUUAUGCUUGGAAAAACUCCUCACAAGCUAAAAAAUGGGGUGCACUCACUCUAUGUACAAGAAGAAGAAAUCAACCAUUCAUGAAGUAGUUGUUUUAACUCCAUCAAUCAGAAUUCCAGUGCAAUCUGAUCUUCAAAGAUCACUCAAAGGGUUGGUUCCGAAGGAUCUUGCUGAUAAAUUGUCUUCUCUAAGGAACCAGAUUGUGUUGGUAGCAGAAGAUACUGAUGGAUCGGCUAUAGCUGAAUUGCGGCGAGCUUUGAAUGAAUACUUGUCUGUUCUCAUUGGACUUACUAAAAAAGAGUAUGGUCUUGAAGGACUAAUUGGAUUCAAGUGGAAAAACUUCGAAGAUGGAAGACAAGAUAGUAGUAUAGCAAAUGUGUGGUUUGAGGUGUUAUCUUCUGUUCACUUUAUGGCUAUGCUGACAUUAUCUGAGGCUGAUUCAAUGAUGAUCCCGAAAGACAAUUCAGAUUCUGGAUUCAGGGUUGUGUCUUCAGAUAACAAGAGGGAAGCGGUUGAUUUGUUAAUCAAGGCAUCAGGAUACUUGGAGUUCUGUGUUAGGCAAAUUCUUCCUCAAAUAUCAUUUGAAACCAGGAAAGUUUUGCCACAUGAUUUGCAGGAGGGUGUAUUGGAGGCUAUAGCUAUUCAAGCACUAGGCCAGGGAACUGAGAUUCAGCUUGGUCUUGCUGUGGAGAGUCAAAAGGCUACUUUGUCUGUGAAGAGGAGGUUGGCAUGUGAACAGCUCAUUUACUUUACUCAGGCUUAUCACUGCUUAUCAGGAUGUGACUUCAACCAAGGACAUGGAAAGAAGCAUCUCAGGUUCAUCAAAUGGAAAUUCCUUGAAUCCAAGGCUGCAGCAUACUACUACCAUGGUCUGAUCCUCGACAAGGGCAACGAACCGAGCUGUCACAUUGUCGCCGUGUCUUGUUUUCUUGCUGCAGAUGAACUUCUCGCAGAGAGCAAAAAGGCAUGUUUGAGCUUUUGUCUUGCAGCUCCAGUUACAAGGGCUCCUCCUCCAUGGGGUGUUAUGAAAGUUCUACAUCAGAAAAUUCCUGAAGUUGCAUCAAAGAAGUACCAAAUGUAUGGAUACCUUUUAGAGCAAGAAAAGGGUCUCCAAGCAUUGCCAGACCUACCUGAGUUUCAAUUAUCAUUGCAUCCAGAUGACUAUGAACUGCCUGAAGUUGAUCCAGCAUGGGAUACUAAAAAUUGGGAAACUUUAGGACAACCAUUGAAAGAGCAUCUUAGAGAUAAUGAUGAGAAUUCAACUGAUUGAUUAUACAGUUAUUGUUAUGGUUUUCUUUCUCUUCUAUUAUUUGUAGUUCAAUACCUGAUUGGCUAAUUAAAAUUACCAUAGAAUUAAUGGGGUCAUUGUUCAUUCACUUUAUGACUCUAAAGUUCUAAUACAAACAGUAUGAGACAUAGAUUUAUUGAUUUAAAUUGGAUGAUGCUUUUUAU